AUGUCAGCCACCAAGAAAGCCCGCACCCAUCCACAGUACGAACUCCUUUACUGGCCAGGCAUGCCUGGACGUGGCGAGUUCAUCCGUCUAGCUUUCGAAGCAGCCGGAAGAGAUAUCAUAAGUGCUCUCGUAUUUUCCAACUCCAAGGGCGACUCCGACUCUAACCCCCCCGUAUUUGCACCGCCAGCUCUGCGCAUCCCCGGCGCGGGCAAAAAUGGGAAACCACUACUCUUGUACCAAACGCCAGCCAUCCUGAACUAUUUGGGUGCGUCGCUCGGUCUUGCAGGCGACGAUGAGGCGGAGAAAGCGUGGGUACUGUCUCACACUCUUACUGCGCUCGACAUGAACAAUGAGGCGCAUGACACACACCACCCUGUCGCAACAGGAAAGUAUUACGAAGACCAGAAGGAUGAGUCGCUCAAGAAGGCCGAGGACUUCAGGCAAAACAGGAUCCCCAAGUUUCUGGGCUUCUUCGAGCGCGUGUUGCAGGGAAACGAGAAGGAAGGACAGGGCAAGCAUCUUGUGGGGGCGAAGCUGAGCUAUGCUGACACCACCUUGUGGCAUGUGUUGAGUGGUUUACAAUUUGCUUUCCCCAAGGAGCUGGAAGUGAGAAAGAAAGAGUUCCCCGCGUUAUUUGAGACCUUCUAUCCUAGCGUGCAGGAACACAAGGGGCUCAAAGAGUAUCUCGCUAGUGAUCGUAGGAUGCCUUUCAGCAUGGGUAUCUUCCGCCAUUACCCUGAACUGGACCGGCAGUAGACGAAACCAAUCACCACAGUAACAUAAUUGGACACGGUCUUCACAGUAGAAAAG